UGGAAGGCCAGUAUGCCAGUGUGACCGAGUACGCUCUUGUACGAUCUCCCGUGUACAAUUUGCACCUUUGCGAUAUAUAUAGAUUCUCUCUUUCUCUCUCUCUCUCUCUCUCUCGCUCUCUCUCUCUCUCUCUCUCUCUCUCUCUCUCUCAUCGCGCCGCCUCGACAGCUCCGCCGAGAUCUCGUCGGCGAUCACCUCUCCUCGUUCGCCAAAUCUCGCGACACGCUCGGCACUUCUUCACGCGUAUAAAACAUAGUGAUGUGAUCUCGACAAGAUGUCCGGUGCGGGCACAUUCGCGAGCAAAUUUAUAUGACACGCGUGAUUCGCCGCGGCUCUUCUCGCCCGUCACGUUCGCGAGGUAAAGCUCAAGCGAACGGUCGUUCGUUAUCGGCGAAGAGGCUCAGGAAGUAAGUCGGUGGUACCGGUGUUAAUCCUUCGUGGUCCUGCGUUCAGCCUGCCCCGUCACCGCGUCUCGUUUCAGUCGAUGCUAUGAAUCAACUUGCCAUUAAUUAACGGUAUACCCAACAAACGUGGCCAUUUGGAUCGUUCGGGACGAACGGCCGCAGACAAGCCGGCCACCCACGAAAGGGUGGAAGGCUGGAACGGAGCGAUUCCAGCCGGUAGCGUGGGAGCGCACCGAUUAACCCCACGGCUAUUAAUUUUCCCGACUAGUGUGUGCGUCCCGACGUCGACGGGGCUGGUGAUGCCGGUGAAUUUUCCGAUUUAGCGCUUGACGUCGUCCGCAUCCCCGCCGCGACGAGACAGCCGUUGGCAGAUCGGGGAGCAUCGAGCGGCCGAGAAAGAAUGUGAGGCUCUCGGCACGAGACGGGAGGAGACGGUUCACGGCGCGUUCACUGGCAUGUCACGGGGAGACGAGGGAGAGCAGGCUUAGAGCUCGUGAAGCGUACAAACGGCGAGUCGUCACCGAGCGGGGCUUCCGCUCUGUCACGUGUUCGCCGGGACGCCUGACGUCUCCGCAUUUCCUUGCUCAAGUAUCCGGGGAUGGAGUUGGAGGUGCAGCAGGAGUCGAAGGACGAGAUCGGCAGCUUGCCGUUUUCACCUCCGCCCAUGAAGAAGUCCGAGACGAGGGACAGCAUCUCCUCCGUCGACAGCGACGUGAGCCUCUCGUUCGACAGGAGAGGCUCCAAGGGCGAAGAGGCCGACCUGUCGGACUACGACAGCGAGAUUAGGCCGACGAAGGAGGAGACCAGCGGCGAUCAGGACUCGGGCGCGGACUCGUUGGACGACUCGGCAGCGAAGGAGCCGGCGAACGGCGGUCGGGAGCAGCUGGAGGAGGUGUCCUCGGUUCCUGAGAAGAACGCGGACGACUUCGUGCCGCCGAGCGACGACUUGGCCGACAAGAUCUGCGCUCAGGUGGAGUUCUAUUUCUCCGACGAGAAUAUCGUGAAGGACGCCUUCUUGCUGAAGCACGUGAAGAGGAAUAAAGAGGGCUAUGUGUCCCUCAAAUUGAUCUCCAGCUUCAAGCGGGUGAAACACCUCAGUAGGGACUGGAGGGUCGUCGGUGCGGCCUUGGCGAGGUCCAAGAAGCUCGAGGUGAACCCACAGGGCACCAAGCUGCGCAGGCUGGACGCUUUGCCGCCCUUCGACCAGACCGCGCCCUCCAGGACCAUCUUGGCGGCGAGGUUGCCGUUGGAAAAGCUCACGGUCGAGUCGGUCGCCGAGAUCUUCAAACCCUGCGGCGAGAUCGCGCUCAUCAGGGUGCUCAGACCCGGGCAUCCCGCACCCUCUGAGGUGCGACAGGCAAUCUCGAAGAGGCCAGAACUGGCGUCCAGCGACGAGUGCGCUAUGGUCGAGUUUACGGACUCGAACUCCGCGCGGAUCGCUAUGCAAAUGACGACUUUGGGUGACGCCAAGGUGUUCGAAUUGCAUCAGGCAGCCGACAAGAAGAGGAAGCAUCAGCCCACGAAGAAGAGUGUCCUCAAUAGAGUCACAAGAGAGGAUACACAAGAGAGGGGCCACAAUUACAACUCGUCUAGCUGUCCGAGCGGCUCCGAGCCGGAGGAUGGAAGAAUGAGACACAAGAAGAGCAUCCCAGGAUAUCCGAUGUACCACAUCCACGCGGGUUAUCCUUUCCAAGCGGGGCCACCGUCACCGGACGCAUGGUUGUCACGGAAGCUCUCCUCCUGCUCCGUAUCCAGCUCGGACAAUGGCUUCAUGUUUCGGCGCUUGUCCUCGUGCUCCGGUUCCGGUUCCGGCUCGGACACCGGUAGACGUUACUCCACGUGUUCCUCCGGCUCCGAGGCACCCUUCUUCCACCCGGGCUACCCGAGCAACUUUUACCACCACGAGAACCGCCGUUACUCCUGCUGCUCUUCCACCGGCUCUCCGAUGGAGUGCGGGGGAGGCUGUUACGUGACGAGUCGUCGCGGGUCGGCCGACUACGGGCCGUUCUUGAGAAGAAUGUCGACAUGCAGCCGCGAUUCCGGCUAUGACAUGAACAUCCGCAGGCUGUCUCUGUGCUCCUCAGGCUCCGAGCAAAAUGGAUUCUGCCAGUCAAGGAGCAACAGCGGCAUCGCGAUGACGCAUCUGCCCGAGAACGUGACGAGAAUGCCAUCGGGACCUGACGGCACUCGCGGUUUCUUCGGCCGUUCCGCGAGGAUGCCGGUGCCCAUAGAACCCACUUGUUGAAUAUCGCCGAAGGGCUCACGUCCUCUGCCGCCGAUGCGGCAGGGCUAAUCCGAUUAUGUACUUAUUAAUAUCGAUACAUAUCAAUAGUUGCUCGAGCGACGGGUUAAGUCGACUCGUGUCACAAGUGACUCCCGACGAAGAUAGCAACUUAUCUCUCUUCGUCCGAGAAAGUCACCUCUUUGUCAGUCGAGGACAUCAGUCGUUAUUCAAAAUGGCCUGUACUCUCAUUCCAGGCCAGACUCCACCGUGUCCGAUGUCCCUAUAAAAAACAUCUGAAAUAUACAUAUACAAAAAUAUUUUAUACAUGCGUAUGAAUAAACUGGGGGAAAAAGAAAGAAAUAGACGGGAAUCAUACGAGACUCGAUUCAGCGAGAUUGAACGACUACUCGUUCAAUCUACCUACGUGUGGAAGUACACGGUGGUAUAAAUCGACCAUGUCGAUGGAAGGCACUUGUUGACGCCAUCUUUCGAUUGUUGAAUAGAUACGAUUAUCGGCUGUCAUCGAGAUGUUAGGGAGCUUUUGCCAUAUCAUCUCUCAGGCACGGUAAACGUUGAUCGUGAAUGUUAUUGGUCGCACACAUGGCUACGUUAUUUCUGAGCGAAUAACGUUCAUGUUUUUACGUCUACCGUAUCUGAGAGACGGUACUGUAAGAACUCCCUAUUUACUUAUUGUUAGGCGUAGCGUUCGCACGUAGAUCUUUUAUAUAGUCCUCACUUUAAGGGAUACUUCCCAGUAAACACAAAAUAUCAUCGAUGUUACAAUGUCAGCUAAAUCAUAUGGUAUGUUACGCAACUGUUACUUCAUUAUACAACAAAGCAACUGUUAUGUAAUAUACCAUAUGAUUUAGCUGACAUUGUCAUCAUCGAUGAUACUUUGUAUUUACUGGGUUGUAGUAGAUUAGCAGAGCAUGCAGGAUAUUCUAUAUCGAUAGAGCGCCUUACUAUCGUACGAUACGUUCAGCAGAGUGUUCGGAAAUCCGAGUACAGUCGGAGAUAAUUCGCUACAUCUCGUGGUGUUACUUUUUGAUAUAAUAGUGAUAGAGGAAACGCCAAGCGUGGAAUUACAACCCGGAUCUGUCCGAGAUUCUAUGUAGCUGAUUGAUUAAGGAUUUAGUUCUUUUUUUUUUUGCAAUACACACACACACAUACACAUUGUAGUCUUUUCAAAUUUUUCUUACAUAGAAUGCAAAUGUACGGAUUAUACAGUUGAAUUAUGUAGUUACUCGUGAGAAGGAUAAUUAUUUAUUCUUUUUUUCUCGAGAAAAAGAGAGGAGACAGGAGAGGGAGAGCGACGAAAAUUUACAGUUACCCCAAUGAAUUAUAAUGCAUUAUAUACAACAUAAAUACAAUACCCUAAUAUAUAAACUAUUCUAUUGUCUGUGAUUGAUUGUAUUUCGCAAAAGCAUUAUUAUAUUAGCAUAGUCGCAGCAAACAUACAUAUUGAUUGUAUUAACUUACUGGAAUAUAAAAAGGUUUAAUCCAAUCCCGCAAUUCGAAACUGGACGUCGUUUCGACUUAUUGAAAAAACGAAUGAUAGAACAACGUCGAUGAGCGAGAUUGCACAGUUACGCAAGUCGAGCCGCGUCGAUCACGCAGACGCGACUCUCGAGUGUCUUCGUCUCGCGCUCGUUGCCUCUCUCUUUUUCUCUUCAGUCGCAGAGACGUCAGAGAGGCACCGCCACCGCCGCCGCCACCGCCGCCGCCGCCGCCACCGCCGUCGCCGUCGCCGCCGUCGAGUCGGUGCGCAACUUUGGCGGAACUCAGUGUCGCGGCAACUACAGACGAUCACGCAGGGUGCGCGGCAAACAGGUGCAGGAAGCACAAACAG